CCAACAGCAGAAACAGGAAGGUCUCAUUCAUUCCGCUCCAGGGAUAGGAGAGGCUGGGCCUGGGUCACAGAGGUCAUCAUGAAGGGAUUAUACUAUCAAAUAACUGCAAAACAAGAUGAAGAGAAGUUCAUAUUUCAAGAAAAGGAACCAGUCUUGCCGCCUAGUGAUUAUCAUGUGAAGCUGCAGGUGAAAGCUUGUGCCUUGAGUCCAAUUAAUACAAAGCUCAUUUCCAAAUUUUAUCCAGAGAGAGAGUUUGUAGCAGUAGGAAGAGAAGUAGCUGGCACAAUCCUAGAAGUGGGAUCCAAGGUGUCUUUCUUUCACCCCGAUGAUGAGGCUGCAGGAAUUUUGCCCCUUGGCUCUGAAGAGUCUGGCCUCUGUGAAGUCGUCUGGGUUCACGAGCAUCAUUUAGUUCACAAACCAGAGAAAGUGAGCUGGGUGGAGGCUGCAGGCAGCGUACGGGAUGGACUGUGUGUGUAUACAGCCCUGCAUUCACUGGCACACCUGGCACCUGGGAGAUCUGUUCUGGUACUGGACGGAGCAAGUCCCUUCGGCACACUGGCCAUCCAGCUCUCCCAUCAUGGAGGAGCCACAGUGAUCGCAACGGCCAACAGUGAAGAAGACAAGCAGUACCUGGAUAAGCUUAGACCUGGUGUAGGGGUACGGCAGCCUGUCAUAGCUCGUGUUAUAGACAUGUCUAAAAGUAACAUUGACCUGGCAGAGAAAUGCUUGGAAGAGACUGGAGGCCUUGGAGUUGACAUUGUUCUCGAUGCUGGAGUGAUCUUUUACAAUACAGAGGACCAUGUUACAAAACCAAAAUUCCAGCCUCACAAACAUGACAUCAUCACACUCCUGUCUGUUGGAGGACACUGGGUGACAAGAGAAGACAACCUGCAGCUGGACCCACCUGACAGCCAUAGCCUGUUCCUGAAGGGGGCGUCACUUUCUUUUCUCAAUGACGAAAUUUGGAACCUGUCCAAUGCGCACCAAGGAAAAUAUCUGCAUAUCCUAAAAGACAUCAUGGACAAACUAUCAUGUGGAAUAUUUCGGCCUCAGUUGGAUGAGGUGAUUCCGUUGUACGAAGCAAAGGUGUUGAUGGAGAUGGUUCAGCAGAAUGAAGUGAGGAAACGGCAGGUCGUCCAGUUAUAAGAGGCAGGAAAUACAUAUGAGACUGAUGAUUCCUGG